CGUCAUCUGAAAGCGCCCCGGACUCACAAAAGUGGGAGAUUCGAAGUGGCCGCAGCAAAACAAUGCGGAUUUGAGCUUUGUCCACCUUUUUCUUAACAUGUGAUGCAUUAACUCGACACAUUGGAGACUCGUCACAACCACUAUUGAUGGCCACCCCGAGCAAGACGCCACCCGGCGCCGACCCGAAGCAGCUGGAGCGGACCGGGACGGUUCGUGAGAUCGGCUCCCAGGCGGUGUGGUCCCUCUCCUCCUGUAAACCUGGUUUCGGAGUGGAUCAGCUGAGGGACGACAACCUGGAGACCUACUGGCAGUCAGACGGAUCGCAGCCUCAUUUAGUCAACAUACAGUUCAGGAGGAGAACGACCGUGAAGAUGCUGUGUAUUUACGCUGAUUAUAAAUCCGAUGAGAGCUACACGCCCAGUAAGAUCUCCGUCAGAGUGGGAAACAACUUCCACAACCUGCAGGAGAUCAGGCAGUUAGAGAUGGUGGAGCCCAGCGGGUGGAUCCACAUCUCUCUGAUGAAUCAGCGGACAAACGAGCCCAUCAGCACCUUCAUGAUCCAGAUUGCGGUGCUCGCCAACCACCAGAACGGCAGAGACACGCACAUGCGUCAGAUCAAAGUCUACACACCUGUGGAGGAGAGCUCCAUCGGGAAGUUCCCACGAUGCACCACGGUUGACUUCAUGAUGUACCGCACCAUCAGGUAAUCGGGAGCGAAACGUGACUUUCUGUGGACGAGGCCGACAGGAGACGAGAGGGAGAGAGACACAAUUAAAAACUCAUGAUGUAGAUUGAUUGAUGGUUGCCCUGCUUAUCAUUGAAGUCUUUUUAAACGUGGCUUUUUAACGAACAGUACAGAUGUUUUAAAUUACAGUGCAAGUAUUAAAUAUAACCACAUUUAAAGUUAGUGAAAAGUUCGUAUGUUGUGAUGUGAAGAAUGGAAAGAAACAAACUCCCUCUGUGAUGUUUUCUAAAGGUUCAGCAACAUGUGAUCCGGCUGCACACGGCCCCACACACUGAAGAAUCUUAAGUGAAUAAGUUAAGUUUAUUUUUUAUCUUGGCGCAGGAGCCAGACGGAGUUUAUCUAGAAGCCAAAAUGUUUUCACGCAGUUCAAACCCAAACUGCUGCUGUGCCUACAGACCGUCUCCUGUUGUGGUUUUGUUUGUGAACAUUGAAUUAAACGUGUUUUAACGCAA